AAAAAUUGCUGCCCCAUUGCUGGCUAUAGUAGUAGGGAGGCUCGAGAUGAUGGUAGUGUUGUUAAGUGAUGUGGGUAGUGGAUUUGAUGUGGUGACUUUGGUUUCAGAACAGCAGAAGAUAUGCCUUUCACUGGUUAGAGCUUUGGUUAAUUUCCAAUGCUUUUCUUUGUCAUUGAGUCCUUGGACAUUAAGUGUAGAAAUUGUGAUGAGAUUUUUGAGAUUGUUUGUUGUUAGAAAUGAUUUGGUUGUGAAUUUUAUAGUUGAAGUUGGUGAGGAAGGUGUAGGUAGGGGACUUGUUGGGUUGG